UGUCCGACGGGCACACAUACAGCCACUCGAGCCACAGGAUACGCUACACCUGCAGCCCCGCCGAGGACUGGUCCCCACCCUUGGAUCUCAGUUCUGAUGGGGAUGUGGACGCCACAGUGCUUCGAGAGAUGUACCCCGAUUCUCCACCAGGUUACGAGGAGUGUGUGGGGCCAGGGGCCACUCAGCUCUACGUCCCCACUGAUGCACCGCCGCCCUACUCGCUGACCGACUCGUACCCCACGCUGGAUGGCGCCAUGAAUGCGGGCCCCGGCCCCGGCCCCGGCCCCGGCCGACCCCAGCAGGCACAGAGGAUCCUGGGCCACGGUGGCCUCCGCACCGUCUCCAUGGAUACCCUGCCCCCUUAUGAGGCUGUGUGUGGGGUCAGCCCCCCAUCGGGUCUGCUGCCACUGCCGGGACCAGAACCAGGGCCAAGGAGCUCCCAGGGCUCACCCACCCCAACCCGGGCCCCGGCCUCUGGUCCCGAGAGGAUUCUGUGAGUGACCCAGCCAGCCAGGUCCUGCCGGUCCCUCGGGCUGAGCCACAAGGGCGUGCACACACACACACACACACACACACACAGGCUCACAAGGGCAUGCGC